AUGAAACUUAGCGGCGCUGAGAUUGUCUGCGAGAGCCUCUUGGAAGAGGGAGUGGAAAUCGUCUUCGGGCUUCCCGGCGGGGCGGUGCUGCCUCUGUACGGCGCGAUGGCAAAGUACCCUGGCCUGCGCCACGUACUGGUACGGCACGAGCAGGCGGCCGCCAUGGCCGCUGACGGGUACGCCAGGGCCACGGGUCGCGUGGGUGUCUGCUCGGCCACCAGCGGUCCCGGAGCCACAAAUUUGGUGACCGGAAUUGCGACAGCCCAGAUGGACUCAGUGCCUUUGGUCGCCAUAACCGGGCAGGUGCCCCGCGGGGCCAUCGGUCGCGACGCCUUCCAGGAAACGGACGUUACCGGCAUUACUCUGCCCAUCACCAAGCACAACUUCCUGGUAAUGGAAGUGGAGGAUGUCGCCCCGGCCAUCAAGGAGGCCUUUCACAUCGCCCGAACCGGCCGCCCCGGACCGGUAUUGGUGGAUAUCCCCAAAGACGUGCUACAGGACCUGCGGACGGAGUUUGUCUGGCCCGACAAGCCCAACCUGCCUGGCUACCAUCCCCCGGGCGAAGCCCCUAUGAAGCAGGUUGCUCUUGCCGCCCAACUCAUCAACCAGGCUGAGCGGCCGGUAAUAAUGGCCGGCCACGGCGUGCUCAUCUCACAGGCCUACCACGAACUGAUUGAACUGGCCGAAAGGGCCCAGAUCCCGGUAAUUACCACCUUGCUGGGUAUCAGUUCCAUCCCGACGGACCACGUGCUGAACAUGGGAAUGCCCGGCAUGCACGGGAUGGCGUACAACAACCUGGCCAUUGACCAGGCCGACCUGCUCAUUGCCCUGGGAAUGCGCUUCGACGACCGCGUUACCGGCAGGCUCCGGGACUUCGCCCCCAAUGCCAAGGUGGUCCAUAUCGACGUGGACGCCUCCGAACUGGACAAGAACGUCAAGGCGACCGUGCCGGUUGUCGGGGACCUCAAAAUGGUGCUGAAGCAGUUGAUGCCGUUGGUCGAGCCCAAUGUGCACAUCGACUGGCACCGCCGCUUGGAGGAACUAAAAGCCGAGCAUCCGUCGCUGUUCAUCAGAGAGUCCGAGGAGCUGCUGCCGCAGUAUGUGCUGAACCGGCUUUCCGAGGUGUCCGGUGGAGACUGCAUCGUGGUGACCGGUGUCGGCCAGCACCAGAUGUGGGCGGCGCAGCACUGCAAGUUCAGGGAACCCAACACGCUCAUCACCUCCGGCGGCCUGGGGUCUAUGGGAUACGAAGUGCCCGCAGCGCUGGGCGCCCGAAUGGGCCGGCCCGACAAGACCGUCUGGUCGGUUGCCGGAGACGGCGGGUUCCAGAUGACCAUGUGCGACCUGGCCACCGCCAUAGAGAACAACGUGGACAUCAAGUUCGCCAUACUCAACAACCAGAGCCUCGGUAUGGUCAAACAGAUGCAGGACGUGUUCUACGACCACGAGUAUUACGCGGUGGAAUACUCCGGAAACCCCGACUUCGUCAAGCUGGCCGCGGCCUACGGCAUCGACGGGAUGCGCGUGACCCGCAAGGACGAGGUGGACGAUGCCGUGCGUCAUGCCAUGGAGGUUUCCGGGCCGGUCAUCAUCGAUUUUGUGGUGAAGGCCGACGAGCAGUCCAGCCAGACGGACCAGCACACCAUCAUCGCCCUCGUGGAAGACAAGCCGGGGGUGCUGACCCGCGUUUCCAGCAUGUUCCGCCGACGAGGCUUCAAUAUCGCCAGCCUAGCCGUAGGGCGGAGCGAGAAGCAGGGAAUGUCGCGGAUGACCUUCGUCGUCAAUGGUGAUCUCCCAACAGUUCAGCAGGUCACCCGGCAGCUUGACAAGCUCAUCGACGUUAUCCAGGUCUCCUACAUUUCGACCCACCAAGUAGUCGCCCGCGAGUUGGCCCUGCUGAAGGUAACCACCACGCCCUCCACCCGAGGCGAGAUCAUGCAGUUCGCCGAGCUUUUCAGCGCCAACAUAGUGGAUGUCGGCUCCACCUACAUAGUCAUAGAAAUAACUGGCGGGGAUCAGAAAGUAGACGCCCUGGAAAACCUGCUUCGCCCCUUUGGCAUUACAGAGAUGGUCCGCACCGGACUUGUUGCAAUGGUCCGUGGACAGGAAAGCGGAAUGGACGCCGAAAACCUGGGCGUCCCGAUAAGCGUAUUGCGCAUGGACAGCGGAAUCUAG